AUGGAACAAGGGGAAGAGCCAUGGGUCCCAGACCUCCAGGGUUCAGAGGAAAGACAGAUCCUGAGAGCUCCCUGCAGAGAUGAGGAAACAUUAAACCAACUCAGAAGCUCAGGUGAUGCAAUGAUAUGUGAGAAAGAAGACCAGAAUUCUCAGCAGGAAAAUGUUGAGCAAGUGGAUAAAAACAGAGCACUAUCACAAAGACCGAAAAGGAAUGUGUCCAGGAGUCAUGAGCAGGGAAAAUCCUGUGAGAUUCAGCACAGACCAGAAACAGAGCAGGGAAACCAGCCAGGGGAGAGGGUGGGUAAAUUAAUUUCAUGUCUAGGAACUCAGAAGGACCUCAAGGAAACCACAACACAGCAGGAAAUCUUCAGGAGAAAGAGAAAAAAUACAUGCACUGAGUGUGGGAAAAACUUAUGUCACUACUCAGCCCUUAUAAAGCAUCAGAGAAUCCACACAGUUAAGAAACCCUGUGAAUGCAGUGAGUGUGGGAAAACCUUCAAUCGCAGCUCAAACCUUAUUACCCAUCAGAGAAUUCACACAGGGGAGAGGCCCUAUGAAUGCAGUGAGUGUGGGAAAAGCUUCACUACCAGCUCAGCCCUUUCUGAACAUCAGAGAAUCCACACAGGUGAGAGGCCCUAUAAAUGCAGUGAGUGUGGGGAAAGCUUCCCUAGGAGUUCAGCCCUUUCUGAACAUCAGAAAAUCCACACCGGGGAGAGGCCCUAUGAAUGCAGUGAGUGUGGGAAUUCCUUCUCUUGGCACUCAGCCCAUGUUAGGCAUCAGAGAAUCUGCAAGGGAGAUCAACACCAUAAAAACCUCUAG